GGGUUUGGCUGGGGGGGCUUUACUUGACUGAUCGCGCUCUAGCAACUACCUGUGGCCAGCCGGGUGCCUGCAGGUUGACCUCGGUCGUCAGUUGAACAAUGUUUCCACCGACACAUUGGUGCGGCUGGCUUCCGGGUUCAACGGGUGGGUAUUAAGGAGCCCGGUUUGGCGGGUCAUGUUUCUGAGGAUGCAUGACUCGAACCGUCACCUCCCGAGCCCUUAGUGGAGUUGCAGCGAUGAGACAAGAUCAAAAUUGGGGAGAAAAAAUAAUCAUUGAUGCUAUGACAGUAAAGUUUUGAGAGCAGUAAAGGUGUGUGACCAAUCCAGGUUCUGACUGCUGAGAGCAGGAAGGAGGGUGACUGACACUCAGUGGACACUCAUAGGCAGAGCAAUCUGAUAAAUGGACCUAGCAACAAAUGACUAGCCUGGGUGCCAGUCUGUUUCUGCUCUCAUGUCAAAUCCCUAUGGAAAUGUCAUGCCAAACAUGUUUAGCAUGACAUGGAGGGGAAUAGCUAAAUAGACUGGUACACAGGCUAACAAUUGACUAGCACUGGCCCCAGGCUAAACAAACUGCAGUCAUUUAAUGUGAUCAACAACAUAAAACAAAACAAACAUGAAAGGAUUACUCGAGGGAGUGGUUCAUUAGUCAACCUUAGUCAUAAUGAAUUAUGGUAAAUAACACAAGUUGCCUUGUUUUGGUGUAAGACAUAGGCCUAAAAAACGUCAGAGAAAGGAAAAUAUUGAGAAUUUAAAAGUUGAUUAUACGAGGAGCCAAAAAAACUAGUGCUGGACUGACUGUACUUCAUAUUGGAAAACAAACCAUCUUAAUCACUAAAGUUUUUGGGGGAUCCUGGUUACAUAAAUGCUGUCAAUAAUAAUUAGCAUAUAAUACAGAAUUUAACAUCCGGUCUCUGCUGGAUUAAGUUAUAAAAAUGUAACACCGCUAUUUUGCUGCUGGUUUCUGUGGGUUCCAAGUGUGGCUGAGAGACUGGAGGCUCAGGAGGCUAGAGGAAGAUGUUGACCCCAUGGGGGCUGUUCCUCUGCCAGCUGGUAAUAAACACGUCCUACCAUGUCAUCAAAGCCAGCCUCUGCCUGGGUGGGUCGGACAUCUUUGCAACGGUGGGCGAGAACAGCCCCGUAGGAGAGUUCAUAGCGAACCUCAGCAUCAUCGGGGACCCUACAGGAGUCAAUAGCAUCCGCUUGUGCCUCACCGGAGAGAACGCCAAUUGGUUCUACCUUGAAGGGAGAACCAUCAGGCUAAACUCAUCCGUUUUAAGAGUCCUGGAUCGAGAGCGCCAGGGAUCUGUAUUGAUGGCAGCAUUAACAUGUUAUGAAGAUGACAUAAUACAGAGUGAAUACAGGGUCAUAGUUGAGAUCCUGAAUGAAAACGACAACAAACCAAAGUUCGUUGAGAAGACUAUACAACCACGUUACAUAAGUGAGCUCACUGCAGUCAACUCUGUAGUCUUCACCGUCAAGGCCAUCGAUGCUGAUGGAGACACCAUCACCUACAUCAUCGACAGAGCCUUGCCUGAUGCCAGCUAUUUCAGGAUAGACCUACCCAACAGUGGUAAAGUGAUCCUGGACAAGCCAUUGGACUAUGAGACCAAAACCCAGCUGCAGCUAGUCAUCUACGCUGUGGAAACCAACACCAAGGAGUGGUACAACACUUCCGCCUCUCUGACUGUGCACGUGAAGGAUGGGGACGACCAGUACCCUCAGUUCCUACCGUGCACACCCAUUUCCCAGGACAACAAACACACGGUUGUCUGCACCAAUCCCGUCUACACAGUCAACAUCACAGAAAAGGACCAGGACAUGUUACUGAAUUUCUCUCCUGGUCCAAUUCAUGCCGAAGAUGGAGACAGAAGCCUUGAUACGCCUUUGCUCUACUCCAUUCUCUCAGGUGCUGACAAAAAUAGGUUUCAGAUUGACAACCAAACAGCAGAGAUCACAUUGACUAGACGGGUGGAAAACAGACACCUGACACCUACAUUCCGACUACGCAUCAUGGCAUCUCAGCUGAAUGACCCAAAGAAGUACAGUGUGGCGACAGCGCUGGUCCGGGUGCUAGCAGAGAACCGGUUCCCUCCCCUCUUCAACAGAACCACGUACAAGGGCUUCAUCGUCGAGAACUCCAGUCCUGCCACGCUAGUCUCCACCUAUGGGAACGAGGUGCUUCUCAUCCAAGCCAUAGACCAGGACUUUGUAGAUGGGGUGAAUCCAAAAAUGCAUUACUCUCUCCCGCCCACAUCAGCCACAACUGCACUGUACCACAUCACCCAGGAAGGGGUUAUCAUCGCUAAGACCGACCGCCUACGACCCUUCGAGAGGCACUUCCUCGAGGUGGUCGCUAUGGAUGAGGAAUCAGGUGAGGUUGCUAAAGCCUCAGUCGACAUAGAGCUGCUACAAAGAGGCCAGCCAGUUCCACGGACACCUUUCGGAGAAGAGCGGUUGUUCAGGGACAUGGAUGUGAGGAUGGCUGGCGGUAUCAUGGGUGGGAUGCUGCUGCUGUUAGUGGCCAUCCUGUUCCUGCUGAUCCGAUGGGCCAAGAGGAGACGGAGACGGGACCCGGCCAGACGAGGGGCUGUCAUCCUGGGGAAGCACCCCAAUGUGGUGAACUCGGGCAGGCCCAUGAUCCCCCUGAUUGAGGAGGUCUGCUACCAGAACAAAGGGUUCAGCAUAGACUACGAUGCCUCGGGAGGUUCCGGAAGCCUCUAUGGGAGACAUGGGGUCUACACCAGGAAACAGUCACUGAUCCCACCACAACCACGCUCCCACAGCAGCCAUCCAGACUGCGGCUCCAGGACCGUAACAGGUGACAUGUUGCCUAUACUGGUGAUGCCAGAGCCCUUGGUUAAAGACCUCACUCCUACCCUCAUCUCCAAUGGCAGGAAAGCUGAGCGCACCAUCAGCAUGGGGGCUGUGACAAAAGACAAGAAGGAGAAGGAGAGGAAUAAGCAGAGGGAUAUGGAGAAGGAGGAAGAGGGGGAAUGGGAGAAGGAGUGGGAACGCGCCGUUGACACAAAAGAGAAGAGAUAUUCUGAGGGGGAAAGGACGGAUAAGUCAAGAGAUGUUGUGGGUGCUUCUAGUGGUGCUUCUAGUGAGAACGCAGAUGUAAGCGAGGCCUCUGAGGACCAAACAAACACAGAAAGGCCUCAGAGUCACAGGAUGAAAACACACCAAAUCAGACAUCCUAAAGACGGACACAAAAGCACUUCUGAAGAGGAGUCAGAGACAGAAAACCAAUAUAAGAAUAUGCACUCGGUGAUCUGUCUGUCAGACGAUUAUGACAGAGCCAUGGAGGAUGAAGCUGGAGCCAGGUCCCGUUGCUCCAGCAUCAGGACGUCGAUGGGGGAAUCGCAGCGCAAGGGCUCAACGAAACAAACCGGCGACCAAGCAAACAGACGACCAAGUAACCCACAGAUGCACCAUUCAGACUCACACUCUGGGCUUCAGACUCACAUUGAGGAAGAUGCAAAAGAUGCAAAAGAUGCAUUUAUUCAAAAAUAAAACUGACAUUAUGGAACCAAACGAACACUGUACACAGACAAAAAUGUUUAUAAAUGAUUAUUUUGGGCCUAAAAAAGCUCAACCACUUUUCAGGUCUUGACUGAGUAAAUGGACGAAUGUAAAUCUGAAAACAGAAACGUGUGUUUUCUGUAAAACAGUGUGGGACCAGACUUAAUGUGAAUGAAGUCAUUCUGUAUUACCUUCAUUUGCAGUGUUGAAGAACUAGUAUUUUAGGAAUUAAAGUCAUAAUGUAAGUGCAUGCAAUCUAUAUAGAAAAUAUAGUUUACCAAGCUACCAAUUACUUCACACUGGAAGAAAUUAAGCGACACUAAAGCUACCCUUAAGAAGAAUAUAGUGAACUAUUAGAGCCUCCGAAAAAGUAGUUCACUCCAUCCAAACUACUAUACUUAAAAAUUAUCAUAUCUAAAUCUGAAAUACCAUAGACUACAUAUUGCAAGAACAAAUCACUCCGGAAUCAGAUGUUAACAGAAUGUGUAGUGAGAAUUAGGCAGGUCUAAUGCCAAAAAAGAAAGAAAAUUCUCGCCUACUUCACCUAUAUUUUAUUUUCUUGUUAGCAACAAAGUAGUGUGUAGUUCCAGUAGUUAGCUACACUGCUACAUGGCAAAACACUACCAAGAUUAGAAUUUUGCUACUGCAAAAUGUAAUUAAAUUACUUGUUGAACUACACGUAGUUCACUACUACGUGUAGUUCAACAGUGAUUAUGUGGCGUCACUAGUGUUUGCUAUAGGAGUAAACCGAAGUUUCAUACUGUAGAUGUCCACACACGAAGACCUUAGUGUUGUUUCAAAAACAAUGGUUCAACCCCACUUGAAUGAUGUGUUCAGCACAUUGCAAAUAAACACAUUUUGUGAUUUCAGUAA